CGAGGGGCUCCCGGAGGUGACGAUGGGGCGGGUUUAUUCCAGCAUCCUCCCAGGUGCUGGGCAGUCACGGAGCAGCCGGUGCGGCUGCCUUACAGAUUACAGCCGGUCGAGCUUGCCGUUCUCCAGCCGGCGGGAUGGCGACUGCGCAUCAGUAAGGCGGAGGGUCAGCGAAGUGGCCCUGAGCACCCCUGGGGACAAGCGACCACGCAGGGAUGAUGCCGGCUGCGCAUUGCCCUGCCCACCCGCAGGAUGGCAAGGGAGGGCCACGGCCACCACCACGGCCACCACUCCCCACGCCGGGACCAAUGGGAUCCUGCCCGGCCCACACGUCGCGCACCGCCAGCGCGUAAAUAGGGGCAGGAGCGGGACCGCGUUCCUGCAGCGAGCCCGGCUCCCCAGGAGAUGCUGGCCAGGAGGGAGCCAGAUGCCAGAUGGGGGUCACCGGGGGACGGAGCAUGGGGACGUGCCACAGUGGCGCUGAGCCAUGAGGAACUUCGUGCUCCAGGGAUGCACGGCUCCGGGAUGCAGCGAGGUGGUCACCCCGAAACACAGCCCUGAAACACCGGAGCAGCUCAGCCCCCUGAUGCCGGACACGAGCUCCCAUCGCCCCCCUGCACCCGGGUGCCGGGCAGCCUGCGGCCAGCCAGAGCACAGGUACGCGGCAGCCUCUCGUGAGACGCGGCAGAGCAGGGCAAUGCCGCCCUUUAACUCUUUUCAAGCUCCACAGCUGGAAUUGGGAUCCUCCUCUGUGAGGUGCAGAGGGGUGUCUGCGGAUUCUUGGUAGAGCCCCCUGCCACAACAGCCCGGGGAGGGGCCGGGGAGGACCGCGGCACAUUUUUCUCUCAAGUCUCACCGAGUUUGACUGUGCUGGCAGGCUGCACAGAGGAUCCUGCCCGGCACAAUGUCCCUGCGGGUACCCACAGACUCGCUCUGGCCGCGGGUGGCGAAGCUGCUGCUGCUGCUGCUCCAGCUGUGUGCCCAUGGCAGCGCUCCCCGCGCCUCCCCGCUGCCCCACAGCUGCCCCGCCGCCUGUAUCUGCACCUCCGACCUGCUGAGCUGCAGCCGGCAGACACUGCAGCACGUGCCCCAGGCACUGCCGCCCACCGCCACCACGCUGGACCUCAGCCACAACGCCCUCACCCAGCUCCAUGACCGCUGGCUGGCCGCCCUCCCGCACCUUGAGGCCCUCCACAUCAGCCACAACCAGAUCAAGGACCUUUCUCCACGGGCUUUCCACAAUGCCUCCUACCUGCGGCACCUCGACAUGUCCUCCAACCACCUGCACGCCGUCGAGACACACUACUUCGAUGCGCUGGUGAGCUUGGAGGAGCUGCUGCUCUACAACAACCGCAUUACGCGAGUGGAUGAAAAUGCCUUCGCCAAGCUGAGCGGCCUGCGGAAAGUCUACCUGAGCUGGAACAACCUGACCACCUUCCCCUUCCGCUCGGUCCAAGGGCUGGGCAACUACAGCCUCCGCACGCUGGACCUCUCCUCCAACAGCCUGAGCAGCAUCCCCGUGGAGGAGCUGGCGGCUCUGCCCGAAAACAUCAGGAACGGCUUGUACCUGCACAACAACCCCAUCAGGUGCAGCUGCCCGCUCUACCUGAUGCUCCAGCGCUGGAAGCAGCGAGGUUUCAGCUCCGUGAAGGAUUUCUUUGAGGAACACACCUGCAAGGUGUCUGACAACGUGCCCCGGUCCCUGAUCAAGUUCCUCAAAUACAGCCACAUGUUCGAGAACUGCUCGGCGGGCCCCGAAGACGUGCACCCCGUGCCCUUCCCUGUGAUGGUGGGCCAGACCCUUCUGCUCGCCUGCAACACCAGCCUGCCAGCCCCGGCCACCACCUACAUGUGGAUCUCACCUCACCACGAGCCCAUCAAACACCCGGGGAACAGCAACCGUUCCUUGGAGGUCUACCGCAACGGCAGCCUGAAGAUUGCGGUGGCCAAGCCUUGGCACUCGGGGAUCUAUGUGGGCUUGGCCAUCAACAGCCCCCACAAUUUCAGCAGGCUAUGUGAAGUCAACGUGACGGUUCACUACCCCAAGCCGGACGGGGAGACCUUCAGCACCGGCCUCACAACCCUGCUAGGGUGCAUCGUGAGCCUGCUGCUCGUGCUCAUCUAUUUGUACCUCACGCCCUGCCGCUGCCUGAGCUGCUGCAAGAAGCCGGCUCCUCUCAGCCCUCCGCAGGAGUGCAGCGCCCAGUCCUCCAUCCUCAGCACCACUCCUCCCACCACCGACGGGCCAAACCGCAAGGUCAGCGCCAACAAGCAUGUGGUCUUCCUCGAGCCCGUCAGGGAGACGCAGAAUGGCAAGAUCCGUCUGGCUCUUGGCGAGGACUUCCCCGACCCCAAGCACCCCAAGGUCCUGCAGCUCAAGUCAGACUCGGAGUCCAUCAGUUCUGUCUUUUCGGACACCCCCAUCGUGUCAUAGCAGGGCAGAGCUGGGAGCAGAGCCAGAGUCUCUUGAGAGCUGUUCUGCUCCAUUGCUGCUAAAAGCAGGAUUAUCAGGCACCCCGAAUUCCCGGCUUGACCAUGACCCACGAGGGUGAUCGGCAUCACCCACAACCGUGUCAGCCAUGAGCUCCUGGUGAGUUUUGGGCACAUCGGCGCCUGCUAAGAACUCCUUGCGUAAGCCACUGGCAACAGCCUCGUUAGCACAAGGGUAAUGCUGGUGAACCCAGCACGCCUGAGAAAACCCCAUUUAAUUUGGGCAGCCAAACUCCCUAACGGUGACACCCGGGCUGGUGGUCUGGGCGCAACCCAGCGUCACCGCCACAGCAGACUCCCAGGCCAAGGAAUAGCCAUGACGAGUGGGGCACUGUCCGCACUCAUGCCAGGGCCCCCGGGGACAGUGACGCCAUCGUUCUCUCCCAGCCUGUGCCAGUCCCCAUCAGCAUGCCAUAGCUGGGAGCAGGGGGAGUGUGACUCCAUCAUGGGGGGCGGGGGGGACACGACACGGACGGACGGGGACACACGACCCCUCCCCACAUGUGGCCACGCAGGAGGGAUGGAGCUCAGCACCUGACCAGCCACACAGCCAAGCGAACGGUACAAGCUUUUGCUUCCCGAGAAGCUGUAAAUAGUCAAGGCAGGAUUAGGUGAUGCGAUACAGCGCCCCGGCCCGCAUUGCUCAGAGCUCCCCGUGCCACCAAGGACGAUGAGGGCUCAGCUGCACCACCCUCCUUCCCUGCUUCUCCUUCAGGCGGACAAGCGCACUGCUAAAGCACAGCUAUUUAGGCAGUAAUCUAAUAAGCCUAUCGAUAAAUGUGAGUAAUCCUCUCUUGGGUCGUAAUUCUCUAGUUACCUUGGAAUAAAAAUGCCUAUUUUUUUAAGCUCA